AUGGUUGGUAACGCUUUAACAACACUAUGGCUAUUUGCUUUUAUGGCAAUUUUUUGCGCAUUUGAUGCAGCUGUUAUUAAAGAUCGAUGUCCCAUACCCUCACAAUUAAAAUAUAAUUAUGAUUUCAACUGGAAAUCAAGAUCAAGUGAAUGGAAUAAUACAAACGCACAACCUGCUUCUCUUCAACUUGUACUUUCAUGGACACCAACAUUUUGUCAAUCACUUCCACAAUCAGUUCAAGAUAAAGAAUUUCAAUGUCGUAAUAGUCAAUAUUUCGGUAUAGUUGUUCAUGGUUUAUGGCCACAGGCAGCAAAAGCUUCAUCAGUUCGAGCUCAUCCACGUAAUUGUCGAGAUGAAAAACAAUUAAAUUCAACAUUCAUCAAACGUUUUUAUUGUAUGAUGCCUGAUGAAGAUCUUAUUCAAUCUCAAUGGGAAAAACAUGGUACUUGUUAUUAUAAAACAGCAACUGAAUACUAUGAAAACAUUGAAAAACUUUAUCAAUCUUUAAAUAUUCCUGAUAUUGCAGCAAUGAAAAGUAAAACAAAAACAAAUGUUGUCAAUGCAUUUCUUACACAGAAUCCAAAAUUAUUGUCAUCCGCUAUACAAGUAUCAAUGAAUGCCGAAAACCAAUUGAAAGAAAUUAAAAUAUGCUACACUCUUAAUUAUCAAUAUGUUCGUUGUUCUUAA